AAAAAAGAUAUAAACUUGGGAAAAAGGCCCAACUUUUGCUUAAUGAUGGAAGAAGAAGAGGACGUGCCUAGUUUAUUGAAAUAUAUGGUCCUAGAACAACAAGGAAAAGUUCAAGCAGAAUAUGUAUGGAUUGAUGGAUCAAAUGAGCUUCGAUCUAAGACAGUUACAUUAGAUAAGAAGCCGAAUACUAUUAGAGAUCUUAAUGAAUGGUAUUUUGAUGGAUCGUCUACAGGUCAAGCGACAGGAAAGGAUUCAGAUGUAUAUUUGCGGCCAGUAGCGUUUUAUCCGGAUCCUAUACGACGAGGAGAUAAUAUUAUUGUGAUGACGGAAUGCUGGAAUCCAGAUGGUACGCCGAAUGAAUACAAUUAUCGCUAUGCAUGUUCGAAACUUUCAGAGAAAUAUAUUAAACAUGAACCAUGGUUUGGAAUUGAGCAAGAAUAUACACUUUUAGACAAAUAUGGAGAGCCAUAUGGAUGGCCAAGAGGAGGGUAUCCAGCGCCGCAAGGACCAUAUUAUUGUGGGGUUGGUACGGGAAAAGUAUAUUGUCGAAAGAUUGCAGAAGCUCAUUAUCGAAUGUGUUUAUACGCAGGGAUUAAAAUAGCAGGAAUUAAUGCAGAAGUGAUGCCAUCGCAAUGGGAAUUUCAAAUUGGACCAUGUUUGGGAGUUAGUGUUGGGGAUGAUCUUUGGAUUGCUAGGUAUCUUUUAGUUCGUGUUGCAGAAGAAUUGAAUGUUAAAAUAUCUUUUCACCCUAAAGUUGUUAAAGAAUUUAACGGCGCAGGAUGCCAUACAAACUUUUCUUCUAUAGAAAUGAGAAGAGAAGGUGGAAUGGAACAUAUUUUAAAAGCAAUUUCAAAACUUAAAAAAAAGCAUGAAGAACAUAUUAAAGUAUAUGGAGAAGAUAAUAAUAAACGUCUUACAGGUAUUCACGAAACAGGGAGAAUUGAUCACUUUAGCUAUGGAAUAGCAGAUCGUACUGCAAGUAUUCGCAUUCCACGUAUAUGUGCAAAACAAGGUUAUGGAUAUUUUGAAGAUCGUCGACCAGCAUCAAACAUUGAUCCAUAUAGAGUUACUAGUAUUAUAAUGGAAACGGUUUUUUCAGAUAACUAGCUUUUAAGUAUUUAUAUUUAAUAUUAUAUGGUAGUACAAAAAAGAC